CUAUGUCUGUUGUGCCAUCUUCCUUCAUCUUUGUUCUCAAUAUCUUAAUCACCUGGAAAUCCAAUACAGCUUAAAUCUGAUGAAAAAAAUAUUAAGAUUCAACCCUCAGAAUUUACCUUUGAUUACCUUUACUACUUUUACAUUUUCCGACAAUGAUUAGAAUAUCAAGUUUCCUCCAUUAUUUACUCGUACAUUGUUCAUGUAAUAAUCCCAGUCCCACUGGUAAAGAUUAGGUGAUAUUGCAUUCUAUCUUGAUCUUAUAUAAUUAGAUCUAGUUUUAUGUACGAUAUUAGAAGAGGUAACUUAACAUAGGAAUCACAUCUAGGUACACACAAUUAUAUUCCAUUUUUUUUUCAAAAAUAUAUGAUUAUAUUAUUCUCUUAUACUCCUUAGAAUCAUAGUUGUUAGAUCAGAAAAUGAAGCAUGAAACACAUCAAAAUCAGUUUACCUCAGCAAAAUUAUUUAAUUCACAAAGGUACAUUCAUAGCCUUAUUGUUUAUUUCCUUUUCUUUGGGUCUGGUUUGGUUAUAGGAAUUUCAGUAAGCUUUUAUCUCAAAGAUGUUCCAAUUACGUUAAAGAAAAAAUUAUUUUCUUUCCAACCUUCUCCACUUAUAGUAACACCAAAACUGAAUCCUCCACCAUCUCAGCCAUUGAAUUUACCUUCGAAUCAACAGCCACAACAACGCGUACAAUUAAAUAAUGAUCGUCGCGUCGAAAAUAAUAUUAAGACGAAAAGGGUUGGUAGAAUAGGGUUAACAGAUUAUAUUAAGCCUCCAGAAGCCAUGCACGAUAUGAACGACGAAGAGUUAAUAUGGAGAGCUUCAAUGGUUCCUAAGGUUAGGAAUUUUCCAUUUAAACGUACCCCAAAAAUUGCAUUUAUGUUUUUAGCAAGAGGAAGUUUGCCAUUGGCUCCUCUUUGGGAAAGAUUUUUCAAAGGAAAUGAAGGGCGUUACUCCAUUUAUAUUCAUUCACAACCAUCUUUCAACGGAAUUGCACCUGAAGAAGGACCUAUUUUUCAUGGCAGAAGAGUACCAAGCAAGAGAGUGGACUGGGGAGAAUUCAGCAUGGUCGAAGCAGAACGAAGGUUACUAGCCAAUGCCUUACUUGACAUGUCAAAUGAGCGUUUUGUGCUGCUUUCAGAGGCUUGCAUCCCCUUGUACAACUUCACUGCCAUCUACACCUAUAUCAUGAACUCCACGAGAACUUUCGUGGAGUCCUAUGAUGAAUGGGGCCCCGUUGGACGGGGCCGUUACAAUAGCCAGAUGACACCAUGGGUGACCAUCGAACAAUGGCGAAAAGGGUCCCAAUGGUUCGAACUCGACCGGGAGAUCGCCGUCGACGUGAUCACCGAGCCAAAGUAUUUCAAUUUAUUCAAAGAAUUUUGUAGGCCAGCAUGUUACUCCGAUGAACAUUACUUGCCAACUUUUGUAACUAUGAGAUAUUGGUGGAAAAAUGGCAACAGAACGUUGACUUGGGUUGACUGGACAAAAGGUGGGCCCCAUCCAACGAAGUUUGCUAGGACAGAGGUAACAAAGGAGUUGUUAAACCAAAUGAGAAGUGGAAUUCAGUGUGAAUAUAAUGGAGAGCCUACAAGUAUGUGUUAUCUUUUUGCAAGAAAGUUUUUGCCUAGCUCAUUGGAUAGGCUUUUGAAGUUUGCUCCUAAGGUCAUGAUGUUCGGUUGAUAUAUGUAUUUUUGUACAUAUAAUCUCUCACUUCACAACGGUUUAAUUUUACGUAUGGUCACUCGUGCCUAAAGAAGGCACAAUUUUCCUAACAUUAUUUUCAGAAGGAAGAUUUUGUAGGAGUUAGUUUCUAUUAAAAUUAAAUCAAAAGCAAAUGCAAUGUCAUGUAAUUCUUUUAUUUUCUUGAUAGGCCUUUUUUUGGUCGUAUAGAGUGCUACCUCAUUUUCAAUGUGACAAUGAACAAAAAUCACUUGUGUAUUUUUUUUGUCACAACUGAUGGA